AUGUCGAAACUUCCAUCAGAUCGGUACUCUCCCACUCGCCUCAUCACCAACCCCACCACCCAAUACGACUUUCCGGGAGACCGGUUUAUACCGAAUAGGAGUUUGAUGGAUCUUGAUCAAGCCCACAGCCUGUUGACAAGCCGGAUCAAGAAAGCUUGCAAUCCCACUAAUUUUAAUGAGGUAUACCGACAGAAAGUGGAGGAGAAGCUCAGCUUGGAUUCAGAAGGGAGACCAUUUAGAAUGUUGGUUUUUAGGGGAAGCCCGAAAUCAAGUAGAAGAUCGAUUCGUCUUAUUGAUGAGAUGCGACGGGAGGAGUUGGAGGCAUUGGAUAAUAGUACAAAGCAGUGUCAACUUCGGAAUUUUCCCAAGAAAGAAGCUAGGAUUCUGGAUGCUCCAAACAUUGUGAAUGACUUCUAUAUGAAUAUCAUGGAUUGGGGAAGAAACAACGUUCUUGCCGUUGCUUUGGGUUCAGAAUUGUACCUGUGGAAGUCAGAUAACGGGAACGUACAAAGAUUGUUGCAAGUUGGUGCCAAUGACUACCCUUCAAGUGUUGCCUGGUCGGAGGAUGCCAAAACACUGGCUGUUGGAUAUUUGCAUUCCAACCUUCAACUCUGGGAUGCCGAGACUUCUAAAAUUGUUAGAAGCCUAGAAGGUCAUACAGGUAGAGUAGCAGCCACUGGAUGGAAUGGUCAAAUUCUAACAUCAGGAAGCCAGGACAAAUCCAUAAUCAACCAUGAUGUUCGAGCAACAAAUAAUAUGACCUCGCGGAUACAAGUACACACUGAAGAAGUGUGUAGUUUGAAAUGGUCAAGCAGAGGCAAUAUAUUGGCAACUGGUGGUAACGAAAAUCUGAUAUACAUAUGGGAAUCUUCCAAAAUGAGCUCAUUCAAUUUCUUGCAUCGUUUCAAUGAACAUUCCGCUGCAGUCAAGUCCCUUGCUUGGUGCCCAUAUCAGUCUGAUGUACUUGCCUCUGGAGGAGGCACAAAAGAUGGCUGCAUUAAGAUAUGGAAUACACAAAAAGGCACCUGCAUCAGCAGCUUAGAUACCAAAGCUCAGGUAUGUGGACUGGAGUGGAACAGGCAUCACAAAGAGAUCAUGAGUGGCCAUGGCUUCAGCGCAAGUGAGAAUCGGAACCUGCUAUGCUUAUGGAGGUACCCAUCCAUGACUAAAGUAGGAGAAUUCAGGCGCCAUGCUUCCAGAAUCCUCCACCUCUCUCAGAGCCCUGAUGGUUUAACUGUGGCAUCGGCUGGGGCAGAUGAAACUCUUCGCUUUUGGGAUGUUUUUGGACCACCGAGUACUGACAAUUCAAGAAUCUCAGAGCUGGAAGGCCUUUUGUCUCUUAAAACAUCACCCCUAAGAUGAUGGGAACUGAAACAAUCGGUUUUCUCAGGCUUGGUUCCUUCUUUUCU